ACCAAAUCCUCGUCCGACUCCGCCGAUUCUAGCUCCAGAGAAGACGCACGGCGAUUGAAGUUGGAGCAGUUUUUCUCGAGACUGCAAACCCACACAGUUCCUCAGUUCAUCGCGGAGGUGAGGAAUCAAUUUGUGACCAACCGUGGUAGGACGAACAACACGCGUCAUUACCAUGAACAAGCGAGGUUGUUGAACGAUCCGACCUUUUUGAAGAACAACUGUCGGUUGUUCUCGGGAGGGGGUGGUACAACUCAUGUUGGUCAUCUGUAUCUUUUCGUACAUUGCGGGGCAGCUCCGGGUGGAGGUCAUCUACUGUGUUAUUUCCUUGUACAACCACCAUCAUUCCUUGCUUUUCUCACAAGGCAACAAAAAACCUCUAGAGCGAUCACCAUAUAAUACUUUCUAGGUACCCACAACACCGCCAACGCUACAGCGCACCAUACUUCCACCGCCGGCGCCGGUGGUAGUGAUGAUGUGGAGACGCGGGUGGCUAUGAAAACAGUAGCAUUAAAGACAAUAGACGACGCUAGUCGACGAGCACAGCCUGUAACGAUUCAGAGUGCAUUGGCUACACGGAAUAAGGCUGCGGCGCCUUUGAGAGGGAACUAGGUAGGAUUGUUCAAAGAGAAAAAUGUUGUGAAGAUUGAAGAUGAGAUACUUUUAGCAUUGAUAUUGAAUAGAUGAAGCGUGGUAAUACAACUGAAGUUCAACUGGGCUAUUUCUUGAUGACAAUUUUCACCAAUGCAUAGCUAGUGAGGAGUUUUGGACAAAUGCAGGCCCCUCGUUUUUUGAAGAGUAAUAAGUGAAAAUGCAAAUAUUACUAGUAGUGAGAGUUUAUAUCUAACAAGUGCCCCCCUCCUGUUACAGUAGCUUAGGCAAUAGAAGCAAAAUUAUACACACGAGUAGCGAAGCUUAGUUUAAAGCUUCUUUAUCAAAUUGGUAGAACAUCCCCCACACGCAUAGCAGGCAAGAGCACUUGUGCUGCCAAAGCUUGCAUACUCUAGAUGAGGAGCAGUUUUGAGAGUAAGUUGUGCGUACAUUAGCUACAUUGAAGAUCCGACAGACAACCCCAAUAAAAUCAUUCGCGAACGUUUCAAACACAUACUAAGCACCUCUCUCGAUUACAGCAGGCAAGGGAGCUUGUACUGCAAAAGCUUGCAUACUCUAGGCGAGGAGCAGCUUUGUAAAUAAGAUAAAGAGUAGCAAUAUACUCUAAAUAGAUAAUUUAACCGCGGAACUACAAAUAACAUCGUCCUCGUUUUCCACAAAGUAGGAGAGUAACCUACCUUGCUAUAGCCCC